AUGGACACGACUUUCGUUAUUGACUCGUCUCUGUGUGAUAGUGAGAGCAAUUGGAAUCGCUUGUUGUACUUUGUGCAAACUUUGGUCAACUAUUUUAAUGUGUCACCGUCAGGAGGUCGUGUUGCGUUUGUUCCUUACGGUACUAAUGCUAGUGUAGUUCUAAAGUUUAACUCAUUAAGCGGAAUUAAUCUUAAUGGAGCAGAAGUCAAGAAACGACUUGAUGGCUUAAGAUGCCAGGGUGGUUUUAGACGAAUCGACAAAGCAUUGGAUCUUGUAGACAGGGAGGUGCUGACACCCGCUGGUGGACUGAGAGACAUUUCAAGGGUAAGUUGGAGAAGGAAGAAUAACCGCACAAAUUGACCAAUAACACGCUAGGCACCUGGUGGAUCAAAAGACUGACUUUGUGUUUUUCUAUUGUUUGUCUGCAGCCCGUAUUUGUGAUCACGACUGGAAAGCAAACAGCGGACCAGGGCGUAUACCUACCUCUGGAUAUAGCCUCCUCUCGCCUUCAGAGUAAAGGAGCGGCCGUGUUUGUGUUGGGUAUAGGAGAGGACGUGGACACCUCAGAACUGAACGAAAUUGCUUCUAGCCCUGACAACGUUUUUAGAGUGGAUUCUUUUGAGGACUUGAACGAAAGGGUACCAACGAUAAGAAGAGGAAUAUGCAAAUUAGGUAAAAUCAUCUUUCGGCUAUCCUUUUCCUAGUCAGGAGAUGGUUACUUAAGAAAAAGGCUUAAAGGAUUGACAGAGAGUCUUACUUAGUGUGUUUUUAAAUAAGAAGGGCUUUCAAGUAUUGCUUUGGAUAAUCUGUUGUUGUUGUUUUUGUUGUUGUUUUCAGUUCCAACCUUGUCAACGCCAACAUUAGCACCAACACCAGUACAAACACCUGCACGUAAGUAAAGAAUUUGAAAAACGCUUAGACGGACUGGCUUGAAUUGAAAUGUAGGGCCAUUGUGCUUUCUGAACGAUAAAAUAACGGCGAAUAGAGUUCACUUGAUAUCGAUUCCACAUCUUACGUCGUCGUAUUUGAUUGGAGUAGGAGCUAUUAAUAGUAAAGUAUGGUUAGAAUGAGGUUAGGCUCAACAAGGAUACAGCCGAUUGUGGUGAUAGUUUAUUAGGUCAUCGUUCGGUAAAGCACCUAGAUUACAUAAGCGGGAUACUGUUAAAGUAAAGCGGGCAAUAAAUACUCCUAAUUGAAAAAAGCCGAUCACAGAGUUGCAUUGCUUGCCAUUUGCGGUAGACCAUUGAGCGUGGUACAUUCGUUAAAGCGUGUAAGAUUCACGGCAAAACAAAUGGCAUAGUACAUGCCUAAAAUGCUCGUAAUCUUGUUUUUAUAAUGCAUGCAUGAAUUUUAAGACCUCAAGCUAGUGGAUCGUGUUUGCCAUGGAAGGAGAGGUCACACGAUUUUAUUUUUGCCUGACAGCCUGCAAAGCCUCUGUAGAUGUGGCAUUUAUUGUGGAUUCAUCAGGAAGCAUUGGUCGUAGAAGAUGGCCUCUGGUGUUAGACUUCUUAAAAAAGAUCAUCAAUGAGUUCAAUGUUGGACCCGACGGCACACAUGUGGCGGUAGUUGCCUACAGUACAAAUCCGAAGCUCGAGUUCCCUUUCAAUGCCGUAUCUGGAGACCAAAUUACUGCAGAGGAAUAUGGGAAACGUAUCGACAGCAUCAGAUUCCAGAGAGGCUAUACGUACAUCGAUAAGGCUUUGAAAUUGGCUAACGAACAAGUGUUUGUCACAAGUGCUGGGAUGAGGUCCGAUGUACCGAAGGUAUGAUUGCAAAACGUCCCUUAAAAAAGCCUCAGAAAAGUUUGUUCAAUUGCGUAUAGCGAAGUGUGGGUUUGUUUUGUUUCGCUGAAUUAUGUAAAGAGAACGUGUCGGUUUUUGUGUAAUUAGGAGGACACCGACUUUCUUGUGAACUUGAUGGAAGGCUUAGAGUAGACACUGUACAUGCUUGUGGUGCAAUGAGAUGUUAACAAACGCGUUUGUAUUUUUUUUGUGCUACAUGCAGGUCGCUAUUGUAAUCACCGAUGGGGAGCAAACAACGACCGGUGGAUUUACACCAUUGGACGAAGCAUCCAAAGACGUCAAAGACAAAGGAGUUGUAGUGUACUCUUUGGGUGUAGGGAGUGGCGUCAACUCAGAACAAUUACGGCAGAUUGCUAGUUCUGAUGACAACGUGUUUACGUCUACUGGCUUUGAGGAACUGAUUAAUGUGGUGAAGCCUAUUGUAGAGAAAUCUUGUCCG